GCAUCCCGUUCUAAUCCUGCUACCCUCCACAGCGGACGUGAGGAGAAAUGGCGAACAUCCAGCCGUACCAGAUCGCGAUCCCGCAAUCCGAGGUCGACAGGCUCAGCCGGAAGCUCGCGGAUGCGAGGCUGCCGAGGGAAGACGGCGAGGAUGGCGAUGAUUGGGAGCGCGGGGCGCCCGUCGCUCCCGUCAGGCGUAUCGCCACGUACUGGUGCGAGUCGUUCAACUGGCGCGCUUUCGAGCAAGAGCUGAACGAGCUGCCGCACUUCGAAGCCACCAUCUCGGUGGAGGGGUUCAACCCGUUCCAGCUGCAUUUCAUUCACCAGAGGAGCACUGCGAGUGACGCAAUCCCGCUAUUAUUCGUACACGGCUGGCCGGGGAGCUUCCUCGAAGCGACCAAGAUACUCCCGGCGCUAGCCAAGAGCGACAAGGACGACGGCCCGUCGUUCCACGUGAUCGUGCCGUCGCUGCCGAAUUUCGGCUUCUCCGGCCGGAUCGACCGGUCCGGGUUCGGGCUGAAGCAGUACGCCGAGGCGCUUCACCAGCUGAUGCAAGGCCUCGGGUACGAGCAGUACGUCUCGCAGGGCGGAGACUGGGGGUAUUUCAUCACGCGGGUGAUCAGCGCGAUGUACCCGGAGUCGCUGGUGGCGACGCACCUGAACAUCCAGGCGGCGAUGCCGCCGACGUCGACGUCGCCGCUCGCGUACGCGCGGUUCCUGCUCGCGCACCUCCUGGGCCUGUACGGCGCCGAGGACAAGGCGCUGCUGCGGCGGAGCGAGGCCUUCUGGCGCACCGGCUCCGCCUACAGCACCGUGCACCGCCAGCGCCCGAGCACCAUCGGCAUCGCCCUCGACGACAGCCCCGUCGGCCUCCUCGCCUGGAUCUACGAGAAGCUCGUCGCCUGGACCGACGACUACCCCUGGACCGACGAGGAGGUGUGCCGCUGGGUCAGCAUCUACUGGUUCAGCCGCGCGGGCCCCGGCGCUAGUGUCGUUAUUUACCACGAAGCGGAUAAGGGCGAGUACGUGACGAGAGAGAGCCCGUUGACGCCCGGCGUUAAAAUAGGCUACUCGUACUUCCCGAAGGAGAUCUUCGGCUCUCCCCGGUUCUGGAACCAUCGGCUUGGGGACGUGGUCUUCGAAGGCCGGCACGAACGCGGCGGCCACUUCGCCGCGUGGGAGAGACCAGAAGACCUCGUGGCGGACCUGCGCGCCAUGUUUGGGAAAGGGGGUGGUGCUUACGGCGUUGUCAAGCAGCCCACUGCUGAAAAUUAACCCCGUAGGUAGUAUGCGAAAAAGUCGACGAGAAGGGGGCCCAAGCAGAAUAAAAUAAUAAGCGUCGUGCCGUUUAUCUUACAUGCAAUAAUAUUGGGUGGAGUGCAGGGGCGGUUGGUUAAUAGUAGCUGGUUUCCUAUGUCGCCGCCACUAGAGACAGACUCGCAGAAAAAUCGACAUCUCAGGCGAGUGGGGUCUACGAGUCGGGGGUUCGAGUAUGCGGCCGAGUCUCGUGUAUUGGAACCCGCAGUGGAACGAAAAAUUGCUCGCGGUUCCUAUCAAUAAGGUGUAAAUGAGAAUAAACUCGUGAUAAUCUAUGUGAGAAGACUCGUCGUAAGGGGUGAGGACUCACGGACGAUACUCGAGCAUAACACCAUAAUGCCACAGCUCGUCGCUAAGGAGACAAGAGAUCUACGGAGGCCUCGUGGC